AUGGACAAGCAUUCUUUAGGACAUCUUGGUUUGUGUGUGAUAGAUCUGGUGCUGCUGAUGUCUCUUGCUAAAGGUACCUGGUCUGAGUGUGCUGAAAACAGAGCCGAGUCUUAUGUUGCUGUCAGUGAAGCAAGCUAUGACAGGAAUUAUUCAUCAAUUACAAGUGAAGGGAAACAACCACUGGGUUUUCACAAGGCAAUAUGGCAUUUCAACCAGCCAGAUACGACUCCUUGUAUUAGCAUUACUGGUGCCAACUCAAGACGUUUAGAGAUUAUGUUUGAGUCUGUGCCACCGUCAAGACUCUGCAUGAAACUUACGGGUGCUCCAUUGCAGUGCUCUGAUUCAGGAACUGGGCAACUAUACUUGUGUCCCAGAGCAACAGAAAAGACUGUGUAUGUAGAGUUCACCUGUGACAGUCAGUGUUCAGAGAAUGAUGUUCAGUUCUGGUACAGACUGGUUCUUGGAGCUGCACCAGAUGAAGAUCCUGAAGAUCACUGGUGUCAGCAACGAAACAGAGAAUAUCCCGAGAACCUUAAGCAGCUGCCGCCGGGUGUUCCUAUAAAUACACACACGGAAAAACCUGGUGAUAUGGCAUGUAAUCAUGCUGUCAGCCUCAGUUUAAUGUUAAUCAUUAUUUUGUUUCAUUUUUGCUGA